AUGGCGCCUCCCAGUCCCCGGGAGCCCAAGGUGCCGUCGGCGACAGGCGCGUCUGAGGAGAUGGUGCUGCCCGGCUUCCCGGACGCAGACAGCUUCGUGAAGUUUGCGCUCGCAUCGGUGGUGGCUGUCACCAAGGCGUCUGGGGGCCUCCCACAGUCCGGCGAUGAGUACGACUUUUAUCGAAGUUUUCCUGGCUUCCAGGCUUUCUGUGAGACACAGGGAGACCGCUUACUUCAGUGCAUGAGUAGAAUAAUGCAGUACCAUGGGUGUCGCAGCAACAUCAAGGAUCGGAGUAAAGUGACUGAGCUGGAAGAUAAGUUUGACUUACUGGUCGAUACCAAUGAUGUCAUUCUGGAGAGAGUGGGAAUUUUACUGGAUGAAGCAUCAGGUGUGAAUAAGAAUCAGCAGCCUGUCCUUCCUGCUGGGCUGCAGGUCCCCAAAACCAUCGUGUCCAGCUGGAACCGGAAGGCAGCAGAGUAUGGCAAGAAAGCAAAAUCAGAGACUUUCAGGCUGCUUCACGCAAAAAACAUCAUCCGACCUCAGCUCAAGUUUCGAGAGAAGAUCGACAAUUCCAACACCCCAUUUCUCCCUAAAAUUUUCAUCAAGCCCAACGCCCAGAAACCCCUUCCACAGGCCCUCUCUAAGGAGAGGCGAGAGCGCCCGCAGGAUCGUCCCGAGGACUUGGACGUCCCUCCUGCCCUGGCCGACUUUAUCCAUCAACAGAGAACCCAGCAGGUUGAGCAGGACAUGUUUGCACAUCCUUACCAGUAUGAAUUGGAUCACUUUACUCCACCAGACUCAGUGCUUCAAAAGCCACAACCCCAGAUGUCCAGGCCGCUGGACGAGACCCCUUGCCAGUUCAUAACCUCACUGGAGAAGCUUGUGGAGCUCAACGAAAAGCUUGCCAACUGUCAAGAGUUUGCUGUGGACUUAGAGCACCACUCUUACAGGAGCUUCCUGGGGCUCACCUGCCUCAUGCAAAUCUCCACGCGCACGGAAGACUUCAUCAUCGACACCCUCGAGCUGCGGAGCGAAAUGUACAUUCUCAACGAGAGCCUCACCAACCCUGCCAUUGUGAAGGUCUUCCAUGGUGCUGACUCAGACAUAGAAUGGCUCCAGAAAGACUUUGGGUUGUACGUGGUGAAUAUGUUUGACACUCACCAGGCAGCGCGCCUUCUGAACCUGGGCAGGCACUCCCUGGACCACCUGUUGAAACUCUAUUGCAGCGUGGAAUCAGACAAGCAGUACCAGCUGGCCGACUGGAGGAUACGUCCCUUGCCUGAGGAAAUGCUCGCCUACGCCCGGAAUGAUACCCACUACCUGCUCUACAUCUAUGACCGAAUGAGGCUGGAGCUGUGGGAGCGCGGCAACGAGCAGCCCGUGCAGCUGCAGGUGGUGUGGCAGCGCAGCAGGGACAUCUGCCUCAAGAAAUUCAUCAAACCUAUCUUCACCGAUGAGUCCUACCUUGAGCUGUACAGGAAGCAGAAGAAACAUCUCAACACGCAGCAGCUGACUGCCUUUCGGCUGCUUUUUGCCUGGAGGGACAAAACAGCUCGCCGGGAAGAUGAAAGCUACGGAUAUGUACUGCCAAACCAUAUGAUGCUCAAGAUAGCUGAAGAAUUGCCGAAGGAGCCCCAGGGCAUCGUAGCCUGCUGUAACCCAGUGCCGCCUCUUGUCCGGCAGCAGAUCAACGAGAUGCACCUUCUCAUCCAGCAGGCUCGCGAGAUGCCCCUGCUAAAGUCUGAAACCACAGCCGGAGUGAGGAAGAGCGGACCGCUGCCUGCUGCCGAGACAUUGGAGAAUGUUCUCUUUGGACCUCAUGACUGCUCCCAUGCCCCUCCAGAUGGCCAGGCGAUCAUCCCAACCAAUGGAUCUGUGCCAGUUGAGAAAGAGGCAAGCCUCUUCCCCGACCAAACUGCAGAGACUUCCUUGGAUACCAAAUGUCUCAUCGCCGCUGCUGUCAUCACAUUAUUCAGUGAACCUAGUGCUGAAGAAAAUGGAAAGGGUCCAUUAACCAUCGCUCAGAAAAAAGCCCAGAACAUCAUGGAGUCCUUUGAAAACCCCUUUAGGAUGUUCCUUCCUGUGCGGGAGCACCGGGCUCACGUCUCUCAGGCAGCCAAGCUGGAUCCAUCAUCGAAGAUCUAUGAAAUUAGCAACCGUUGGAAGCUGGUGAGCCAGGUGCAGGUACAGAAAGACUCUCAAACUGCCAAGAAGAAGGCAGCUGAGCAAACAGCUGCCCGGGAAGUGGCCCCGGAGGAGAGCAGAGGCCCGGCAGGGCAGGCGAUGCCCGUGCGGCAGCAGGCAGCGCUAGAAAACGCCGCCAGGAAGAGAGAACGAUCAGCAAGUGACACCAAGACCACAGAGCAAAAACAAGAAAAGAAGCGACUCAAAACUUCCCAGAAGCUGAAGGCCACAGAAGCCUCGGUACCUUCAGAGAAAGAGUUUACCCCUUACGACUACAGCCAGUCUGACUUCAAGGCUUUUGCCGGAAACAGCAAACCUAAGCCUUCCUCGCAGUUUGAUCCAAAUAAGCAGAACUCAUCAGGCAAGAAAAGCAUCGCAGCCAAAAAGCUCAAGCAGGCCGUGGGAAACAAAAGCAUGUCCUUUGCAACCGGGAAGUCUGACAGAGGCUUCAGACACAACUGGCCAAAGAGAUAAUGCCGGAAGAGACCCCGGGGCACCUGCGGUGGCCAAGCACCAGGUGGUGCUGCUGAUUUUGUACAGAUACAUUUUUUAAAUAUUAAAACUGGUUCUUACUGAGA